CCUACUCGACUCUCAUGAAGGCAACCUGGAGUAACUAUGAAGGCAUUCCCAAACCAACCUGGAGUGUCCAAGUCCUAUUCAUCUCACGCCGAAAGUGAUGAAGAUUUCGACUGUCGUUUUGAAACCUACUUCAACAAACCCGACAUUGACGGUUGGGAGGUGCGCCAAGGUAUUAACAAUCUGGUAAGCUACGACUGUGUUCCAGAUCCGCGGAUUAUCUGCGCAGUUUUAAAGGCUUGCCGACGCGUCAGCGAUUACUCCCUGGCGGUGCGGUUUUUGGAAGCGGUCAAGUUUAAAUGUGGUCCGAAACUUGCGGUUAUUUAUCCGUAUAUUUUGCAGGAGAUACGGCCUACCUUGCUUGAGCUGGGGAUUGAUACACCUGAACAGUUGGGCUAUGAUAAGCCUGAAUUGUAUUUGGAGAGUGUUGAUGAUUUUCACUGAGUUUUGGAGUGAAAACUCUGGUUAAGCUCCACAAUCUUAUGAGACU